AUGAUUGAUGAAGCCAUGAAAAAGAAAAAGUUAACACCUGAAGACAUGAUGAAGGCUGUGGAUGGAGGCACCACUGAGGCCACCACAACGACCACAACUGCGGAGCCAACAAGAACCAUCAUUGCUCGGUACCCGGAUCUGAUUUUUCAUCCGGAUGUCACCGAUUUGCUCAUGCUGAUUCUCGGCAUACUCUUCUCCAUGAUUUCCCUGCAGUUGGAGCAGAAACUUAUCGACACAAUGAAGUUCGCUAUUUUGUUCGCCACAUUGAUCGCCGUUUCGGCAGCAAAUUUGGCGCCAUACGCAAUUAACCCAACCUUCUACAACGCACCUUUCGCCUACGGCUACAAUAAUGGACCCUAUGCCUACGGCUACAACUAUGGCUACCCAGCAAAUUUCGGCUACUCCUACGGCUACAACACAUUCGCUGGCGCCCCGGUCGUGGCGCCUGCCGCUGCCGUGAUCGCCAAGGAAGCCGCUCCUGUGCUUAAACCCGUGGCCUACGCCGCGGCGUACCCGGCCUACGGGGCUCAAUACCAAAACCAAUUCCGCAGCCAGGACGCCUUCGGUAACUACGCCUUCGGGUAUCAGGGCGACACUUCCGCCAGGCAAGAGGUCAGCAACGGCGGAGUCACCCAGGGAUCGUUCUCCUACGUCGAUGCCAACAAUCAGGUUCAAUCUAGGUCCUACGUCGCUGACGCUUUGGGCUUCCGCGUCGCCGGCACUGACGUCCCAGCGGCACCGGUUCCCGUCGUUGCCCCCGUCGCCGUCGGCUACGCUGCCGCCCCGGUCCCCGUCGCCGCCCCCGCCGUCGUCGUGAAGGCCGCCUACGAAGGCGGACCUGGCUACGUGCCGGUCGAAGGCAUUGACGUCCCAUUCAAGACCCCAGAGGUGAAGGCCGCCGAAGCCGAGCACUUCGCUGCCCACGCUGCGGCUCUCGUCAGGCAAAAGCGCGAGGCCCUGCCCUCGGGCUACAAGAGCAGCAGGAACUCGUAUCCCAUCCGCUCCGUCGCUGUCCCUGCUCGCCAGUCUCACGGUCAGAAAUACGCCAAGAAGUCACAUGCCGUCAGCAAGUCUUACAGUAACAAGAAGGUGUGGAAGCGUGAGGCUGAUCCUGAGCCCAGGAAGGGCCUGACCCACGGUUCCUCAAGCCGCAGUUAUGGCCACCACCAGCGUUCCUACCAAAAGAAACACUCCUACAAGAAGUGGUAAAUCAAACAAAUCCAUCUCAAGAAAACGAAGAAAAAAAUUAGUCGAGUCAGAUUGAAAGAAAAGACACACACACAAAAAAAGAAGUACGAAAUUGGCAGUAUUAACGGGAACAACAUCCGAGUGAUCUUGCAAUAAUACAGAAACUACGUAUUUCGGACGCGACUAUAUAUACAUCACAUGCUCGUCUGUGUUUUGUUAACGUCGUCGGUGUGAUAAUGUUGUUCUUGUCCGGAACAAACUGUCAUAAUUGUUAGAGACGUGAUCAUCGUGGUUUUUGUUUUUUGUCGACCUGCUGCACUGGAUUUAUUUUUUUUUCUCGCACAAAACUCGUAUAGAAGCAGAUUUUUUUUCUCUCCUUGUUUUGUCAAGGGAUCGAGUUUUAAUUAGUUGCACUGAACGCUUUCGCGGUUUGACACCGCGGCGUGUGUAGACGUCGGUUUAAUCGGUGUUUGGGAUGGUCAUUAGUAUUAUUAUUUUAUUUGUUUUGUAGCGUGGCACGAUCAUGAACUCAUUUCUUAGUUGGCAUUCCAAGAUUUUGGCGAAUAUACAAAGCAUUGAUCUUUCCUUUUUAUAACGGGACAAAUACAUGUUACUGUUUGUCAGUUUUUUGUCGCUUAUGUGGCCGGGAGUGAUUUAAUUUCAGAGCACAAUUUUGCAUGUUUCUGGAGGAAAAUAUACGUCGAAGUCCAGGAA